GGAGCAGACGGUGGGCGCGGCGGCCACGGGGCGCGAACGCUACCGGCUGGCCAGCCUUUCCUUUUCUCCCUCUCGCGCGAGGUUGAUCUGGGAGAGAUAAGGAAAAGGGUUGUCAUUAGCUGCCGAGAUCACUGAAGAGGACCGGUGAAGGAAGUCAGAUGAUUUGGGAGUUUAUAAAAGGCCUGGUGGCGGGGUGACGACGAGGUCCCGCUUUCACUGACGGAGUUUGCGGCAGGAGUUAAGAGACCAGAAAUGAGUGGAAUGUUAUCUUAAACAAACCAAAAAAUUUGUUGUAAUCUUUAUUAUCAAAUACUGCUUAAAUGAAGACAGAUUAAAAAAAAGGAAACAAACUCCAACAGAUAAUUACCCCAUUCAGACAUUGGUGAGUAUGUCACUCAAUUCAAGUCGACCUUCCUCAUCAGAGGUGGUGGAACUUCAUGUUUUUUACGUCCCUGAAGGAUCGUGGAACUAUAAGUUAAAUACCAUUUCAAUAGAAGUUGUUAACAAAUUCAUUUCAGCUGGAUUUAUAAGAGUGUCUCCUCAGCUUACUUUACAAGCCCUGAGAGAGCGUCUUGGUGAGUUCCUUGGUGAAGAUGCUGUUGCAGAAAAAUUUUUAUUUCUGAAAUGCAUAGGAAAUAAUCUAGCUGUGGUGAAGGCAAAGCAAGAAUCAGAACUGAAACUCAAAUCAUUUGCUCCUCCAUAUGCCCUUCAACCAGAAUUAUAUUUGCUUCCCAUAAUGGACCAUUUAGGAAAUAUUUAUUCAGCAUCAUCAACAGUUACUUUAUUUGGGCGGCAGUCUACUAGUGGUGUUGUGGAGGCUGAUGGAACAAUCCACAGACCAGUUAGUGUAACUGUGUCAAAGGAAGAACCUGGAACAGAUUCCAGUUUUUUAGAAAACACUUUGAAAGAGCUUUUUAACCAGAAUCAGGAAGAAGCUGGGGGAAAAUCCACUCCAAAAGAAAGCCAGAAUGGAAAAAAUCAAAUUAGAAAUUCUGAAUUGCAAGGAUCAUUAGAAGAUUCAAAUACUGAUUAUUUUAUCAACAAAAAAAGUUUUUGGAAAAAUGAAGAUGGUACAGCUAAUAUCAGUAGAAGAGAGGAAAAUCAGACAGAUGUAAAAGAGUGUACCACCCUACCAGAUCUUAUUGAUUUUCCUUCACUUCCUUGUCCACCUGUUCUUUCUCCAGGAAUAACUAAUGUCUCUUUAUUACAGAUUGAGAGAGAGAAGAUUAUGGAACAAAUGAAACAAGUAAAGGAAGAAAGAAGAUAUCUGGAGAAAAUUAGAGAAGAACUAAUAAAAAAAGUUGAAAGGUUAUUUGAACAAAGCAAAUUGAAGCGAUUUCAUGCCUGUGAUGGUUGGAAGAAAAAAUACUUUGAAACAAAGAAAGUUACAGCAUCAUUGGAGGAGGUUUUAACAAAACUUCGAGAAGAUUUGGAGCUUUACUAUAAAAAAUUGCUCAUGCAACUUGAAGCCAGGGAGAUCAAGAUGAGGCCAAAGAAUUUGGCAAACAUCACAGACUCUAAGAAUUACCUUAUAAUUCAGAUCACUGAAGUACAGCAUGCAAUUGACCAACUUAAGAGAAAACUGGAUACUGACAAAAUGAAACUCAUAAUAGAAGUUAAGAUGACAAAACAAGCAGUUUCAGAUUUACGAAUAUUGAAAGCUGAACUGGCACAGAAAAAAUUAAUACAUCUUUGCCAUCUCAAUUAG